AUGACACCCGACGAUGAGAUCCGUGCUGCCGCUCAAAGGGCGCAGCCUCCGAUGAACGACCCUUCUCGCUCCCAUGAUCCUUCCAAUAACCUGAAGCGCAGCGAUCCUUUCCAAUUCGGAUCCCGCUACCUCGAAAAAGGCGACGAUGUCUUCGAAUUCAACGCCUGGGACCACGUCGAGCCUGACGACGAAUUCAAAGCCUACGCAGAGGGUCAAUAUGAGAAGCAGCGUGCUGCACCCGUGACAGACUUCGACAAGAACCGGUUCAACCAGGACCCGGCCAAGUGGUGGAACUUGUUCUACAAGAACAACACAGAGAACUUUUUCAAGGAUCGCAAGUGGCUGCGCCAAGAGUUCCCCGUCCUUGCUGAGGUCACACAGAAAGAUGCAGGUCCGCAGGUCGUUCUUGAGGUUGGCGCGGGCGCGGGUAACACUGCUUUCCCGCUUAUCAGGAACAACGAGAACGAAAACCUCAAGGUGCACGCCUGCGAUUUCUCCAAGUACGCCGUUAAGGUGAUGCGCGAGAGUGAGCACUAUGAUGAGAGAUACAUGGUUGCUGACGUCUGGGAUGUCGCUGCUGAGCCCGAUGAGAACGGUGACUACUUACCUCCAGGCUUGACAGAAGGCUCCGUCGACGUUGUCAUUCUCAUUUUCAUUUUCUCUGCAUUGAAUCCAGUCCAGUGGAACCGUGCUCUGCACAAUAUCUACCGUGUCCUGAAGCCCGGUGGCCGUGUUCUGUUCCGAGACUACGGCCGAGGCGAUCUGGCCCAGGUCCGUUUCAAGAAGGGUCGCUACAUGGGUGAGAAUUUCUACGUCCGCGGCGAUGGGACUCGCGUGUAUUUCUUUGAUAAGGAUCAAUUGAUUCAGAUGUGGAGCCGCUGGACUCCGGAGAAGGGUCUGCAGGUCGAUGACGAGAAAACAGCGGAGGACUUACCUGCUGAACCUGAUGCGCCUUUCGAGGUUGUGCAUAUGGGCGUGGACCGUCGACUGCUGGUCAACCGCUCAAGCAAGCUAAAGAUGUACCGCUGCUGGAUGCAAGGUCAUUUCCGCAAGCGCCAGGAGGUCUCCUCUGCCAGCAUUGAAGCUGCUCAAUGA